UUUAGAACCUAGGUAUAAUUAAAAAUAGCCAAUACGUUUGCUUGUAUUUACCAGAACGCAAAAGCAAUGAAUUCCUCCAAAGAUGUUCAGUCAGCUAUGCAAAUGACGUACACCCCGAUGCCGAAUGUCAUAUCAGAACAACCUAUUGCUCUUCAGUCAACUACUACAGUAGUAAUUACUCAACCAACCUCAGGUUGGUCAUCGAAUCUGUGCGGAUGCUUUGAAGACAUGAAAAGCUGUUGUUGCUCUUUUUGGCUGGGAAAUUUCCACUAUGCUUGUCUUGCGACUCGUAUGGGAGAGCAUUGCUGUGUUGGAUGCAGCGGUUACCCAGCUGGAUGUGUUCCUGGAGGACACCUUGCAAUGAGAUCUGCGUUUAGAAACAAGCAUGGAAUUCAGGGUUCAAUCUGCGAUGAUUGUUGUGUUGUGACCUAUUGCCUUCCCUGUGCAAUGUGUCAAAUGUCAAGACAUAUGAAUACAAUCGGAUACGAGGAGAGGGAUUGCUGUUGUUGAGGACGCUUACCACCACAUCUAUUCAUCAAAAUAUUUGUGCGUAAAUACUCAGAUAACGAUCGUAAAUUUUCAACAUACUCACUAGUUACUUAAUUAUUGUAUAAAGAUCCGUAAGAAUUACUAUGAUUUACAUACAAUGAGAGUGGAGACUGGAGAGUGUAAAAAAUGUAGGCAUAAAUUCAGUGUCUGUCAGAUCAGUAAUUCAUUUCAUCAUUUGUUGUUUACUUCAAUAAGUUCAUAAACCAAGCGAUAGGUGCUCAAUUUAUACACGAAGAUCCAAUAAACACUAAGGUCUUCACAAUGUCA